ACGACGGAACCCUCGCUUCCUCGUGUGUGCAUUUUGAAUUCUGAUUCUGACUGAUUCCGUGUUUCGUUUCUUUUAUUCUCCGGUGGUGGUGCGCUCCUGAAUAUACAUUUUCGGAAAAUGUCCGGCUACACAGAGGAACACCUGAAGCAGAAGCUGACCGAAAAACUGGAAGCAACGCAUGUGGAAGUAACUGACGAAUCUGAUGGAUGUGGAGGAAAAUUUAGCGCAGUAAUAGUUUCAUCUCAAUUCCAAGGCAAACCACUGCUCCAGCGACACCGACUCGUUAAUGCAGCCCUGGCGGAAGAACUCAAAACGAUUCACGCAUUCUCACAGAAAACGUACACUCCGGAACAGUGGGCGGCCGAAGGCCACUAGGAAUCUGUGCACAAAACUUAUUUAAUAUCAUCUACCGCUGUAAA